AGUACAAUGAGGAGAUCGACAAGGAAAUCUUCCAUGGGAUUAGGAUUAGGGGUAGAAGAACCCCUCAAUUCAAAUUCGAUUGGGAGUUUUAGCACAAGAUUUUCCUUGUCAUCAUUUGUUAAGCGGGUGGAGAAACUCACUGAUGAUCAAAGAAAUGCCGUAAAGAAAGUGGGUUUUGGCAAUCUGCUUCUCAUACCAAAUCAGAUGCUGAGCAAGAAUUUGCUAGUAGAAUUGAUGGAGAGAUGGCAUUCUGAGGAACAUGGUUUUAUGCUGCUUCCUGGCAUGGUCAAAAUUACACUGAUGGAUGUUGCUUUAAUUUUGGGAAUACGUGUCAUUGGUGAUCCUAUACUCCUUAGAGAGGAUGAAGCUUUUUCUGAUCUGGAAAGUGAUUAUGGAGCUGCUUUAUGGAAGAGAAAGAUCACAGUUGCAUCACUUGAAAGUAGACUUGAUUCACUUGGGGAAACAGUUAAUGAAGACUUUGUUCGGACGUUCAUACUCUUCAUGUUUGGCACUUUUCUUUUUCCAAAUGCAAAUGGAAAAGUGGAUUCUCGUUAUCUUUCUUUUCUUAAAAAUUUGGAUGAUAUUGGUCACUUUGCAUGGGGUGCAGCUGUUCUAGAGGACAUAUUCAUGUGGUUGAACAAAAGAAAGGAGUCAAAUGUGCAAUACGUCGGAGGUUGUCUUAUACUUCUUCAAAUAUGGUCUUAUGAGCACAUGGACCUCGCCCGACCAGACUUGAUAGAUAGCUACAUGACAUUUCCCCGUGCAUGCCGAUGGGAAAAUAGUCGGUCUCAUCAGAGACAAUGGUUCACUGCAAAAUUUAGGGAAUUGCAGGAUCAUCAGAUAACAUGGCAGCUACAACCAACUUCUGAGGAGUUAGAAUUUGAUAUUGUCAAUGAGUUAUUGGAGGUUGAGAGUUCCAGUAUAGACAACUCUUCAGAUAGCGGUUCAGUUAUUAGUGUUGUUGGACUUCAAAUAGAAUCAGAUGUGCAUCAUUCCACUAAAGUACAAGUACAACAGGGAAAAAAGGUCAAUUUGAUGAAGCAGUUAGAACUGUCACGGUUUUUUCCGGAGCUGCAAACAAUGGGCUUUCCAUCAGAGUCAUGUCCUGUGGCAUUACACAAGGAACGUGUGGAGCUAUCAUCACAGUGCCAGAACUCAGAGAAAUUGACUGGAGGCAAGGUUGUUGGACUUCACCUAGAAUCAGAUGUGACUAAUACCGGUAAGUUACUAGUACAAAAGGGACAAGAGGUCCAUUUGAAGCAGUCAACGGCAUUUCAACAGAAAGCAGAAGUGCAAAUAGAGGAAAUGGAAUUUCCAUCUACUUCAUGUGCUUCUGAAUCACAUAAGGAGGUUGUCGAGCUAUCAUCACAGUGCCAGAACUCAGAGAAAUCGACUGGUAGUGGCAAUGUCAUUGGACUUCACCUAGAAUCAGAUGUGACUACUACCAGUAAUGCACAAGUACAAGAGGGACAAGAGGUCCAUUUGAAGCAGUCAAUAUCAUCAAUACAAGGAGUGCAAACAGAGGUUGUGGCUUUUCCAUCACCAUCAUGCGUUUCCAAAUUGCACAAGGAGUGUGGAGAGCUAUCAUCACAGUGCCAGAACUCAGAGAAAUUUAUGAGUGGCAAUGAGGAUGAAUUGAUUAAGAGAAAUCGGAUAUUGGAAGUUCAAAAUAUGGAAUUGAGGAAAGAGAUCGAAGAUUUAAAAUUGGAAAACAGACAAUUAAAAAUGUAUUUCAGUUCCACAAAUGAUCUGGUGACUCGACUAGAAGGGCUUGUAAUGGAUGAGACAUACUCAUCAUAGUUAAGAUGAAAAUAUUUAUCAAAUGCUUUUCUUCUCUCAUUGUUUUCAUCUGCAUAUUUUAUUAGUUGGCAACUGCACGCUAAUGCCACCACUGCGUAUCUAUCAAAUCCUUGAUGAUGCAUGUGAUCAACAUUUGAUUGCACUGCAUGAAAUGUAA